AUGCUGUCCCGUGAGGAGGGCAAGGCGGUGUGUGUGCUGUCCACCAAUGGCUCCGUGCUCCCGCCUACCCUCUCUGAUGGCGUCACCGCCCUGCCUGCCACACCACAUGGGGGAGCGCUGGACGUGGUGUCGCUGUCGGGCUCAUACGUGCCGAACGGACCCGCCGAUGCCUCCAGCCGCGUGGGAGGGCUCACUGCCACUCUUGUGGGCGCCGACGGCCGUGUGCUGGGGGGCAGUGUGGCGUCCCCUCUGCUCGCCUUUUCCACCGUGCAGGUGACCGUGCUACUCUUUUCAGUUGAGCCCAUGGGCACCUGA